AUGGGCGCCAACACGAAAGCGGCGAUCAUCCGAACUGCAGGGCGUCGCGACGGCGGAGGAGAUCUAUGCGUUCCUUGGGAUAGACAGAGGGAAACGAUAAGGGAACUCAGGGAGAAGGGAGAACUGCCGGAGAGUUAUGUGUCGCAUGAUCAUCUUAAUGAGCAGGUGCCGGUGCCGAUUAGUGAGGAGGUGACGGAGAAGUGGAGGAGCAGGUUCGAGGAGUUGUUGCAGCACGACGAGGAGAAGCCUACUAUCGUCAUCGCGGAAGGCUUCCUCAUGCUCGUCGAUCCCGAGAGUGUGCGGAACUUUGACCUCCGGUUCUUCAUCCGAGAAGACUACGCGACGCUCAAGAAGCGAAGAUACGAGCGGCAUGGCUAUCACACGGCGGUUCAAUCGGAUCCAGAGGGGUCGCUGUGGCGGGAUCCGCCUGAUUACUGGGACAAAUGCGUCUGGCCAGCCUACCUCAAAGCGCACCGCCCUCUCUUUGUCAACGGCGACGUCGAGUCCGGCGCCAUCGACUCCUCUGCAAUCGAAGGCGUCGAGUUGUUCGAGGCGAAGGAGUUGUCGAUGGACGAGAUGGUUGACCGGGCGGCGGCAAGGAUCUACGGGGCGGUCAAGAGCGGGCAGACGAAGGAGCGGUGGACAAAGCCGUAG